AUGUCUCUUCGCCUUUCCAGUGGAUCCAGGAAGCCCGGUCCUCGACCCACCACGGGUUCACUCAGGCUCUCCAGCGCGGCAGCCAGCUUUGGGGCUGGAAAUGCUUGUGGCAUACCUGGAAUCGGAAGUGGCUUCUCUUGUGCCUUUGGUGGCAGCUCAUCGGGAGGAAAUGCAGGAGGGAGCAGUCUCUGUGCUGGCUUUACCGUGAAUGAAGGAGGCCUCCUUUCUGGCAAUGAGAAGGUGACCAUGCAGAACCUCAACGACCGCCUGGCGUCCUACCUGGACAACGUGCGUGCUCUGGAGGAGGCCAACGCUGGCCUGGAGCAGAAGAUCAAGGGGUGGUAUGAGAAAUUUGGGCCUGGUUCCUGCCGUGGUCUUGAUCACGACUACAGCAGAUACUUCCCAAUCAUCGACGAUCUUAAAAAUCAGAUCAUCACGUCCACCACCAGCAAUGCUAAUGCUGUUCUGCAGAUCGACAAUGCCAGGCUGACAGCUGACGACUUCAGACUCAAGUAUGAGAACGAGCUGGCUCUUCACCAGAGUGUAGAGGCUGAUGUCAAUGGGCUGCGCAGAGCUCUGGAUGAAAUAACCCUAUGCAGAACAGACCUGGAGAUUCAGUACGAAACCCUGAGCGAGGAGAUGACGUACCUCAAAAAGAACCACAAAGAGGAAAUGAAGGUUCUGCAGUGCGCCGCGGGGGGCAACGUGAACGUGGAGAUGAACGCGGCCCCGGGCGUGGACCUCACGGUUCUGCUCAACAACAUGCGCGCCGAGUACGAAAACCUCGCCGAGCAGAACCGCAGGGACGCCGAGGACUGGUUCAACGAAAAGAGCGCUUCGCUGCAGCAGCAAAUCUCUGAGGACGUCGGGGCCACCACCUCGGCCCGCAACGAGCUGACGGAAAUGAAGCGCACCCUGCAGACGCUGGAGAUUGAACUGCAGUCCCUCCUGGCCACGAAACACUCCCUGGAAUGCUCCCUGGCCGAGACCGAAGGCAACUACUGCACGCAGCUCGCCCAGAUCCAGGCUCAGAUCGGGGCCCUGGAAGAGCAGCUGCACCAGGUCAGGACCGAGACCGAGGGCCAGAAGCUGGAGUACGAGCAGCUCCUGGACCUCAAGGUCCACCUGGAGAAGGAGAUCGAGACCUACUGCCUCCUGAUCGGUGGAGAAGAUGGGGCUUGCAAGUCCGGGAGCUUCAAGUCCAAAGACUAUGGUUCUGGAAACGUGGUGACCCAAGUGAGAGAUCCUCCCAAGGCCAUUGUGGUUAAGAAAGUUCUCGAGGAGGUUGACCAACGCAGCAAAAUGCUCACCACCCGGCUCCACUCUCUGGAAGAGAGGUCUCAGAGCAAUUAA